AUAUUCAACUCCAGUCUUAAGAUUGUUCGAGCGAAGUCAACAACGGACACCAUCGCGACACCAUCGAUCGUAGCUGCAGUAACAGGUGUUUGUCUGUGUGUGAGUGGUGUAUCUCGAUAUCGUUUAUAUCGAUUGAUCGCACCGAUCGUGAAUAGGAUAGAUUUUUUUUAAUUUUUAAUUUAUUUUUCACCAAAAAUUUUCUAUCGAGAAAUGUGGUUGUUUUCUUGAUAAAUUCCAAAUAAAAUAGAAGCAAACGGUUUAAGUCUUGGCUUUGAAAGUGUUAAGAGGAUCAAUUUUAAGAAAAUUUUUCUUCAAUCGCUCGUAAUACAAAAUUGCACUCAAAAGGUGUUUCGCAAUUUUCUGUUUACAACAAAAAUAUAUUGUUGUUGCUUCACUAUAAAAUCCAAAAAAAAAAGUUUUAAAAAAUCAUUCAAAAAAGUGGAAAACGAGUGAAAUACGCUGCGAAGAAGAAGAAAACGAAGUGUGUGCAAAAAUAAAAACAAAAUUCACGCUCAAACUGCCAUAAUCACGAAUCGAUCAUUUAAUGGAUUUUCAAAAAACAACAACAUUUAUUUUACAUAACCAUCUGGAUUUUUUGAAGUUAAAACAACUUUCUGGUUGCCUUGAGGAUUAAAAAAUUGUUCACAAGAAAACUAAAAUACCUAAACAAGAAAUAAAAACACACUGCGACUCUAUUGGAAAAAAAAGAUAAAAUGACGUCACCUCGCAUCAUAUACACAGCACUGCAGGUUUUUGCAAUUGCAACACUAAGUACAAAUGGAGCACAAAUCCCAACAGCGACAAAUGCACCUUCACUACACAGAACCAGUGGUGUUGAACCAACCGUUCGAAUUCAAUGUAUGUCAGGAUCGAUGUUAAUCACAAUCAAAGAUGCACCACCAAGCCAUGAAAAUGGUCUUUUUAGUGGAAUGGUUUAUCCUAAAGGCCUUUCGAAAAAUUCCACUUGCCUAUCGGAAUAUCGAGAUCAUCAGGGACCCCUAAGGUAUAAGUUGCCACUGAGGAGCUGUAACACGAUGCCACAAGAAACGGACGAUGGUGGAAUUGAAUUCUUCAACACAAUUGUCCUCCAACCGCAUUUGAAACUGGUCACAGAUUUGGGACGUGGAUAUCAUGUACGUUGUCGUUACAAGAGUCGCGAUGCUGCUACCAACAACAAAUGGCGUACAUCGGCUUCCAUAUCAAAAUAUGCCGAAAAUCCACAACCAUUGCGCAGUGACGAAGAAGAACCAGAAGCCUACCGAAGAACCGCUGCUGCUGCUGGUGGUGGUGAUCGUCGUGAUUAUGGACGUUCAUUGGAUAAAUUCAGUGACUCCGAGGAUAAUAUAGAUGAUGAAGAAAAUACCAUCAAUGAACUACCAAUGCCCGGUUGUCACAUGAAGAUCUACAACGAAGAGAAGCACAUAGCUGAGAAUGUGAAAAUUGGUGACCCCUUGACGAUUGUUAUCAACAUUGACAAACAGGAUGUCUAUGGACUUCAUGUGACCGACUGUCUGGUACGUGACGGUCUCGGUUGGGGUGAACAGCGUCUUGUCGGCGAAGAUGGAUGUCCAAUGGACAACGAGAUAAUGGGUCAGUUUAAGUAUUCGGGUGACAGGUUGGCGGCCAACGUUACAUUCCCAGCACACAAAUUCCCUUACACAGCAUCCGUGUACUAUCAGUGCAAUGUGAGGCUGUGCGCAGUCGAAGAUCCAGACUGUCGAAAGGCACCUGCGUGCGGAGAGAACGCCAAGCGACCCAAACGACAGGCUAACGGAAAAGACGACGAAGGUCUGCCGGCUACAAUCGAAGUGUAUUCAGGACUUUAUGUUAAUGAAAAUGUCGAUGUGUCAGAAAGCGAUGACGAUUCUGUUUUCAAGGAGAAGACCCUUGAUGACGCUCUUUGUGUGUCACAACGUACUUUUGCCAUUGCCAUAGCAAUCGCUGGUCUUGUCCUAAUGUUGGCCGUGGUGGCUGCUGUCCUUUGCAUCAUGGCCCGCCGAAGAACAAAGACUGUCUCCAACUCAGGCAGCUCUAUUUACAGUGGACCAUACACGAAUACAGCUUUCAGCCAUAGCAGUUAGAUAGUCACCAUAAUGUUGUAAUAAUUAAGGAUUUUUAAUUUACUUGAAACGAAUUACUACUUUAGAUUGUAGGAAGAAGUCCUAUAAUUUUAUCUAGAUUUUCAAAAUUUUACAAACAAUUUGGUGCAUAUGCUAAAAACAAUAUAUCCUAAAACCUCUGCUCUAAGCUGAAAAAGGAUAUUCCAAAAUUUAUCUCAAUUAAAAAACAACGAACACACGUCAUGAAUAAGAACAACAAAACCACAAUGUCCUGGAUAUACACUUGAAAGUCUAACUUAAGUAUACCAACAGGAAUCUUUAUUGUAAAAAAAACAACCCACGAAAGAUGACGAUAAAUAAUACACUUUAGUACCCUAUAAACAUUUAGUUUUAAGCAUUAAAUAUAGAUAUUACUAGGCAAUAAACAUUAUACCAUUGCCUACUAAUAUCGCAGAGAUGUUAUAGAAAAAGUAAAUUUAAUCUUGCACAUCUCUGGAAUUUAAUAAUAUAAUUAAUUUUAUUAUUCCUCAUAACGUCCCAUAGUAUUAAAAUGGUAAAUAAAAAUUACAUCCACUCACGGUGAUGGGUUGUUCUGCCUCUAUUCUCCUCUUACCCCUUUGACAUCUUUUUUUUAUUUUUUGUUUAAUUUAAAUUAAAAUUUAAAUUUCUUCCUUAUACUUUUUUGUUUUUGUAUUACAUUUAGGAUACUUUUUGCCAAAGUUAAUCCAUUAUUCUAAUAUUCUUUACAAUAUUUAUAUUGUAUUUUAUUUUACUUAGGAUACUAUUUUCAAUCUUGUCAUAAUAUUAUUAACUAUUUAAUUAUUUCUUUUUAGAUAAAUAAAAAUAUUUAAAAUAUAAAAUAUGUAAAAUUAUUUCAAGACCCUUUGAACACAUCCGUCCGCAUAAGUCAUUAUUAUUAUGUAAAAGUAGUUAAAUUCAAAAAACAAAACAAUUGGUUUAACUAUUUUUUAAGAGAAAAUAUUUCUACAAUACAAAAUAAUAACUAUUAUGAAUCUACAUAAAUUAAAAAAUGAAAAUACUAGAAUAAUAAGAAAAAAUCACAUAAAUAAAGAAAAGUCAACUUAUAUAUAAAACUCUAUACAUAAUGUACAUUCUGUCAAAUUUUGCACUGCUUCACAAAAUCAUUUUUCAAAAAUUCACAUUUAUUUUCUAAAAUAUUUACAUAAUGAUAUUAAUUUAAUUAAUAAAUUUUAAUGAAAACAAACGAAAAUAAUUAAAAUGGAUUUCUGGAGCUUUGCAAUUUUGACAUGUUUUGAUAAUUUUAUAACUCGCAAUUGAACCCUAAAUCUAAUAUAAAAAUGUAAUGGGAUCAUGUGAUUGAAUUAUUAUUUUUGUGUUAUAAUAAGCUGAUGAUUGUAAUAUGUGAGGUUAUUAUCUUAUGAUGGGGUGCUUAAAUAAAAUAAUUAAAUAAAACAGAAAAAUUAUCAAA